AUGGCAAUGCCCUUCAAGGGCCCGACGCAAGAUGAUCGUGAGAUAUCGCCAUAUCGACAGCCAGGAGGUUAUGCUCCAGCGAUCGACGACAAUGAGCCACCAUCACCACAACAACAGUAUAUUGUUUCCCAAGAGGAACGCCAGAAUCUGCUCCGCGGAUUGUCCCAACGACAUGUGCAGAUGAUCGCUAUCGCGGGAGCCAUUGGAACGGGACUUUUCCUAGGCCUCGGCGGUUCCAUUGCGACAGGCGGGCCGCUUGGUGCCCUGCUCGGCUACAUUUUCGUCGGGCUGAUUGUAUGCUGCGUGCAAUAUGCCUUGGGUGAGGUCUCUGCAUUGAUGCCAGUGACCGGUUCAUUUGUGCGACACGCAGAACUACUGGUUGACCCUGCCUUGGCUUUUGCGAUCGGUUGGAACGUUGUGUAUGGCUCCUUCUUGGCCGUGCCGAGCGAGAUUUCUGCGGCUGUGGUGAUGAUCCAGUACUGGACCGACAUCAAUGCUGCGGUGUGGGUGACUAUUCUUAUCGUGGUGUCUGCUACCGUCGCCAUGACGCUUGUGCGUGUGUAUGGUGAAAUCGAGUUUUUUUUUGCCCUGUUGAAACUCCUGUUGGUGGUCUUCGUCGUGAUUCUCGGUCUCGUCAUCGAUCUCGGCGGAAUACCUGGCAAGCCACGACUAGGAUUUCAUCACUGGAAAGAAGGACUCUUUGUCGAGUAUAUUGCCAGCGGCGCAUGGGGUCGCUUUCUCGGUUUCUGGGCUGUGAUGACAAACGCUGUCUACAGCUUCUCAGGCGUAGAGUCCUUGGCGAUGGCCGCAGCAGAGACGAAAAACCCGCGCCACAACAUCCCCAAAGCUUGUCGAAGAGUGUUUGCUCGUGUGACUGUAUUCUACCUAGCUGCUGUGUUAGUCGUGGGCAUGCUGGUCUCAAGCUCCGACCCAAGACUCCAAGAUGACUCUGGCACCGCCGCACAAAGUCCCUUUGUCAUCGCUGCCAGCGACGCCGGUAUUAAAGCGAUACCUUCAGUUGUCAAUGCGAUCUGUAUUACUUCAGCAUGGUCAGCCUCCAACCAAAGCAUGUUGGCAGGCACCCGAACACUCUACGGUCUGGCCGUCAAGGGCCAUGCGCCCAAGAUCUUCUUGAGAACAUCCAGCUGGGGCGUACCAUAUAUGUGCGUUGCCGCCCAGACGGCCGUCUCUUUCCUGGCCUACAUGUGUGUCUCAAAUAGCGCCUUGACCGUCUUCUAUUGGCUGCUCGAUUUAACCGCGGCUGGUGUGCUGGUAUCGUGGAUUGCGAUCGCAUUCAACCAUAUUCGCUUGUUGCAGGCAUUAAAGGCACAAGGGAUACCGGCAACGGAAUUACCAUGGCACAAUCGGAUAACAUACGUUUCUUCUUGGUUCGCCUUUAUCGCCUGUAUACUAAUCCUAUUCACUGGUGGAUUUGCCGUCUUUACCGCCGGGAAUUGGGAUCCUGCCUCCUUCGUGUCGUCCUAUCUAGAUAUCCCACUCGUACUAGGUGCAUAUGGACUGUACAAAUAUAUUCGCGGGACGAAGAUAAUUCCGUUGACUGAAGUGCCGGUUCACCAAGCGCUAGAGGAAGCACGGAAUGAUCCGGAAAAUGUACCCAUCAAGAAAGCCAAAGGGUGGAAGAGGCUUAAUAUUUUAUGGGGAUAAAGC